AUGGGGGAAGAAAUGAUCGACGAUCUGUGCGCCAUGUUCAAAAAAGACGUACGAGCUGAUGUCCGUCUCACCGCUUCGAAUCAAGUUCUAGCGCUGACGGGCAGUGCUGAGGGCCGCCUGUUUAUUCGCCAGCAUAGGAAACUGGUAGAACUGAUCUUGUCGAACAUUGCCGAGAGCGGUAGAAUACAGCUGGACGCGGUUCUAGAACUCGUCAAUUUAACAACAGACGAGCCUUUCUGCGAAAUUUUAUUGAAUCAAUACGAAGUCGUUGACACUUUCGUAAAACAAAUUACAAACGCAAAAUCUAUUCAUGCCGAUAAAUUUUGUUCGAUUCUCUCGAAUUUAACACGGAACAGUCGGCACGCAACGCUGGUCUUUGAGAAAAUUGGAAAAGAAGGAUUAAACUUGCUGUUUGGCAUCUAUCUCAAGAUCAGCUACAACUCAGUUGGGAAUACGCUCGAUUAUCUUGGACAGGUGCUCGCCAAUUUGACACAGGUGCCAAAUGGACGUCUCUUCUUCCUCGACAAAGAAAAGCUCAACAUUCAAAAGCUGCUUCCUUUUCUUACGCACGAAAACAUCGUCAGAAGAGGCGCAGCAGCGAUUCUUUUGAAGAACAUCUGCUUCGUUUCCGACGACAACAACUGGCUCCUCGGCCCUUCCGUCGACAUUUUACCCGCGUUGCUAUUGCCCCUCGCUGGAGGACCGGAAAUAGCGAAUUUGGACAUGGAUGACAUGGAUAAACUACCAGAUGAUUUGCAGUUUUUAGAAGAGACGAAAGAAAGAGAGGUUGAUCCUGAUAUCAGAAAAAUGCUUGUAGAAGCUAUUCAUUUACUUUGUAACAAAAAAGAAGAUCGUCAGUAUAUUCGAGAAAAGAACACUUACGUGAUCCUGCGCGAGCUGCACAAGUUUGAAAUGUCCCUGGAAGCUGAAAGUGAGAAUAAUCGAGCUAUCCAGCAGCUAAUCGAUUUAUUGAUCGGCGAUGACCCCGACGUAAGCGAAUUAUCAAAAGUCGAAGUUCCUGAGGAGUUAAAGGCGAAGCUAGAGCAGACGGACAAGGAGGAGCUGGAGAGGAUAGAAAAGUACAAAAGAGGAGAGCUCGAGGAAGACGACGAAACCGCCGGAAUCGUCAUGAUGAAGUGA